AAGAAGAGAAAAGCAAGAGCCCCAAAUUUCUUCUCCCACACGAGUCCCUAUCCCGUCCUUACAGGCGGUGAUCGAAAGCUUGUGCCCCUGAAUCCCUGGAAGAAAAGAAAAGCAAGAGCCCAAAGUUUCUUCUCCCACACGAGUCCCUAUCCCGUCCUUACAGGCGGUGAUCGAAAGCUUGUUUUUUGAAGGUUGGCUCUGUAGUCGUUCGUCCACCCAUUUGGCAAAGGCGUUCAUCCAUGGAGGCUCCGGCAGCUAUUCACCCUCACCUUCGUAAACACAGUGUUUAGGGAAACCUAAGAUUUACGUGUUAGAGAAACGAAAGAGGGAAGAGGAGAGUUUACCCCUGCAACGCCCCAACCCACCGAUCUUGCCUGAGAACGAUCAAGCAUCAGAGUUCUUUCUGCGCUGACAGGUUUGUGAUCUCAGAAUACAAACAGGAGCUUUUGCUGGUGAGGUUUGAACAGGGAUUUACAGUAGUCGGCGAGGAUUUUUUGUAACAAGUUUGAGUAAAUCUUCGAAAACCACAUCCCGUGUGGAGCAUCUUCGUUGGGCAUUACAAUAGAAGAGUUUUUGGAAAAUUGGAGAAACGAAGGAGGGAAGAGGAGAUUUUGCCACUGCAACGUCCCAACCCACCGAUCUUGCCGGAGAACGAUCAAGCAUCGGACUUGUUUUUGCUGCGACAGGCAUGACUGAACCUACAUAAAGCCAACUAAUGUAAGCUUUUCUACACAGUUGAUCAAUGAUACUUUGUGAGCUCUUACAAACGGAUUUGACCUGAGAAAGGUUUGUUUCAACAGCUGAUAGCUCUGGGUAGGAGGCCUAAGGCUGAGAGAGCCUACCCCCCACCCACAUCUAUCCAUUGAGUUCUCUAGUCUUCUCUCUUAUUUUCUGUUAAUUUUGCCAUUAUUUCUGAGUGUUGUGACUUGUGAGGUUAUAAAGAGAGUAAUUGAGUGUUGUUACAAGGUCCAUUACCCACUAGAGGUGCUGCUGCUAUAUUGAAUCUGAGGAGAGCAUGUGAUAGCCUGCUGCAGAUAUUUUCUGGGCAGCAGUUUGAAGCCCCCAUCUACCAACCCUGAGAUCAUAUUACCCCAGCCCUAGUUUGACCUUAUUUCAAGAAGAAGCUAUAUCUCUACAACCUGAUUCUCAAAGAUCAUGAAGAAAUAUGACAAGAUCACUUCAAGAAGGGCAGCAAGGGCUUACCUAAACAUGGUUGACAACUCUUACCUUGGAAGCUCUGAUGAGAUCACUAAGCUCAUGGAGAGAGUGGAAGCUACCUUCAUCAAGCACUUCUCAAACUCAAACCGACAUAAGGGCAUAAACAUCUUGAGACCACAAGCAAAGAGAGAAAGGCAUAGAAUAACAUUUUCCGUGGAGUCUCUCGAAUGCAACAUGCAGCCGAAAACAUCUCAUGGAUUGUGUUUAGAAACAGUAUCAGGAUAUUCUGGGUUAUUUUCAGUAAUGUCAACAAUCUUGGCUGGGGUCCUAGGAGUUGGACUGCAACAAAUAUCUCAUGCAGAUGCCAAAACGGCUGAUCCUGAGGUUCCCUUGCCAUCAGAAUCUCCAUCAAGCUACACCGAUUUGGAAAAAAUUGUUAAGAAAAAACGACUUCGAUUGGAAGAGUUGCUCAAAAGUAGAGGAAUGUUUUAUGGCUCCUAUCCUAGAUUUACUGUCGCCAUGAAGGGUCAAAAGGUCACAAUCAAAUUCCAAAUACCUCCAACAUGUGAAGCGCCACACUUAAUUGUGGACCUUGUUUCACAUCUAGGAUUGAAGGAUGAACGUGGUGGUGGAUCAGAUAUGGGGGGUUUGAUUGGGAGGAGUCUUCUUAUUCAUCUUUUUCUAGUCCUGCUCUCGACUUUAUCUACGAGGUAAUUUGCUGGAUUGCUCUUUCUAAUUGCAUGCACUUUGCGUUCAAGAAGCUCGCACGGAUUGUGGCAGAUGGGAUUGGCGAUCCUUCUAGGAAUAAGGUUCCAAUGAGAUUGGUAUCGAUGUGCUGAAGUGGAUUUCUUGCCUCGAAUAUUUUUUUACUUCGAGGAUAGUUGGGGAUUUUAUUUGUCAAUUUAGGUCAUGAAGUUUGAUAGUUUUCCUUUCGAUUAUUAUUGUAUAUAUUCAUAUAUCUUCUCACUCGCGCUGUAGAAAUCCAGCAAUGAUCUGUGGAUGUACAUUGUCUACAGGCAGUAGCUUUAUUGUCUGAUUUAUAAAUUCAAAACUAAGUAUUUGUUAGGAAGAUGUUUCUUCAUUAAAUUGAUUGUUCUGCA